AGACCGCUUAGGGAAGGCAAGGAGAUUCGAUGUUCGACUAUCGACGGGAGCAGAACGACUUGGUACGAUACUACAAUUGGCGACGAGGAUUUUGGAUUCGACUCGAAAAGAUGCAAGAAGUACGACCAGUGCCACUGUUCCAGUGCGACAAAAUUGAAACGGCGAAGUUAGCAACAGAAUGGAAAAGUUGGAAGGAAGCCGUUGAAUGUUACUUCGCGGCAUACAAGGUAACAGAUCAAGCGGAGAAGAAGGCAAAGUUGUUACACUUCGGAGGACCGGCACUGCAGCGGGUAUUUAGAAAUCUGAAAGACCAUGAGCACGUAUCAUUAGUAGUACUGGAAACCCGGUGGUACGACCAUGCAGUCGAGAAACUAGAUGAAUUUUUCGGGCCGCAGAAUCAAACCACCACGGAAAGACGGAACUUACGAAUGAUUAAACAAAAACCAGGCGAACGAUUUGCCGAUUUCAUAAUCCGGCUUAAACAACAAGCCAAUCAGUGCGGAUUCGACAAAUACGGCGAUGAAAUCGGUUCAACGUUGCGGGAAAUUUAUCUAACAGAUGCAGUAGUCGAGGGAUGUUCCUCAAACGAGGUUCGACGAAAAAUUUUGCGUAAGGAUUUGGCGUUUUCCGAAAUUGAGGACAUAGGAGUUGCGCAAGAAAGCGUAGAAAGUCAAAUAGUGGAAAUGACAGCUGGUUCACCAUCUAAGAAAAUUUUCAAAGUAGAACAAGGAGGGAAGAAAGGAAAAUCCAUGACAGCAAGCACAAAUACCACGGAAACAAGACAAGGUGCAGGCAAGCAUAACGGGAAAGGUUGUUUCAAUUGUGGUCGAGUAGGACACUUUGCGGCAUCCUUCAACUGCCCUGCUCGUGGGAAAGAAUGUAGAAACUGUAAGAAGAUCGGUCAUUUUGAGCAAAUGUGCCGAAAGCCCACGGAAAAGGGCCCGAUGAAGCGUCAAAUAAGAGCAAUUGAUGAAUCGUCAGAGGCAAAACAACCGAAAAUGGAAUCAAAUGAUACAAAAGCAUAUUAUGCGUUCUAUUCUGGAAAUGAAUCGAACGUAAUUAAAUGCUUACUUGGAGGAGUGUCCUUAGAGAUGUUGGUUGAUUCCGGUGCAGAUGCUAACUUGAUCCCAGGCGAAAUAUGGGAGAAAUUAAAAACAGAAAAUGUUGCGGUGGUUUCAUCAACGAAAGGAAGCUCGAAGAUCUUGCGAGCAUACGGAAGCCAAAAUCCACUUGUUAUUUUAGGCACUUUUGCUGCGGAAAUCGCAGUAGCGGGCAAACGAACUCAGGCCGAGUUCUUUGUUGUAGAAGGAGGACAACGUUGUCUACUGGGUGACAGGACGGCUAAACAGCUGGGUAUUUUGAAAGUUGGCUUGGACAUAAACAGAGUAGAAGGAAAACCGUUUCCAAAAAUGAAAGGCAUAACAGCAAAGAUCAGGAUGAACCCGCAGGUCAUCCCAGUAUAUCAGCCGAUGCGACGUAUUCCCUUACCAUUGGAAGAAUCAGUUGAUCGAAGUUGGAUGGAAUGCUGA